AUGAAGCUCUUCCAGUUGACGCUGCCUAAUGAGCAGCACGGCAAGGUAGUAUCUGUGCUGCAAGAUGAGCUCAAACUAGAUAAUGUAACGAGUGUGGAGGCCCGCACGUCUUCAAUCGUGACGUUCCGUGUCGAGGACGAGGAAAUGCAGGCGAUCCUUAACAAGCUGCAGCGCAUGGGCGUCGGCGUGCAGUUUGGCUUCUGCGACGUCAUGUCGCUCACGCCAGGCACCACCAUGCGUAAACACAACCACAGCAAGAAGAAAAAUCGCAGUGUGAGCCGCAUCCUGGGACGCAACACCGACGUGGGCACUGCGGUACCUGUGGCCGAGAUGUACGCGCACAUUGAAGCAAACUCUACUCUUUCCCGGGACUCAGUGGUGAUGCUGUUGAUCUCGUCGUCGAUCGCUGGAAUCGGUCUAGCUGGAGACUCAGGGACGUACGUCGUUGCCUCAAUGCUUUUGUCCCCAAUGAUGGGACCGAUUUUGGGCUGCGCUUUUGGAUUUGCCCUGCGAGAUAAAAAUCUUUUCAUUAACGGAAUGGUGAAUGAGCUGUUUGCGUUGACAAUUACUUUUCUACUGGGCAUAAUGAUUGGGGCGUUGUUAAGCCCCUACGCAGUGGCGCUGAACUGGCCAACGGCCGAAAUGCGCGAGCGUGGGCAAGCCAUUCAGCUCCUGUUCGGCGCUAUUGUUGCCGCUCUCUCGGGCACUGGUGUUGCGCUGGCUGAGUUAAAUGCUAAUAUCUCUUCUGUUGUCGGAGUUGCCAUCGCUGCGGCUCUACUUCCACCCACUGUUAACUGCGGAAUAUGCUUCUCCUAUGUCAUGAUCGGGCAAUACUUUGUGACGGACGAUGUUAUUGGAGAAGAGCAAAAACUUGUUUUCUAUGAGAUCGCAGUGGGAAGUCUGAUGCUUUUGUGGAUCAAUGUCGUCCUCAUUUAUGUCACUGCAGUAUUGGUCUUUAAGAUCAAAAAGGUGGACCAAUUUCAACUGAUCCGGCGAAUUGACGAGGGUGCGUGGCAGAAUUUGCCACGCGUGCAGAGGACUCCGGCUCACAGAGACAUCAGCACUAGAGAGGGCUUUGAGAGGCGCGAGCGAGGGGAUAGAAGUGGGAGUGCAAACAGUGCUCACGGCUUUCUGUCUGAUGAGGACGAUACGGACCUUUUCCCUGCUUCCCAGAAUGAUGAACCGGUACGCAAACUGGCGCCGAUACGCCGGCGGCCUCACUCACCACUCACUCAUACGGACGAAGCAAACUUUAGGGAGAAACAAGAUGCGGUUUAA